CCUCACCACCCCUCCCCUCCUCCUCCUCCUUCUCCUCCUCGCCGCUUCAAAACGGGCGUGUGGGGCGACGGGUUCGGGGUUCAAGGCGGCCAGGGACUACGGUGCGAGCGGAUCCCACAGCCACAUGCGGCAACACCACCACGACCGCUCGAGAGGCAGGACCGAGGGGCAUCACCACCACAGGCCCCGGCAGACGCUGGAGAAUCCGAAGCUCCUGCAGGAUAGCGACCUCGUGCAUGAUACUGAACACAUGAAAGAGGAGAUGCCUGAGUACCUGACGCCAGAGACCAUUAAGAACAUGUCUCCGAGGGAACUGGACUACCAUUAUUUCAAACUCCACGACUUCGACGAGAACCUGCGCCUCGACGGCCUUGAGCUCCUCGCUGCCCUCGGCCACGUCCACGGCGAUGACGAUGACGACGACGACGACGAAGGAGGGAGGACAGGGAGACAGGAGGACAGGGGAGGACACGGAGGACAGGGGGAACUGAUCGACGAGGUGUUCGAGGACAACGACACGGACAAGGACGGGUUCCUGAGCUGGGGGGAGUACCUGAAGGGGCGGCAGAGGAACGACGAAAAGCGGAAGGGAGUGUAA